AAAAUUAAUUAAUGCAAUAUUUAAUAAAAAUAUUUAAAAAUUUAGUAGAAUUUUGUUAGAUUUUCUCAACAGAUUUUGUUAUAACUAAAAAUAAAAUUUAAAUUUAUAGUUAAAAUUAAUUUAUUAUUAAUAUUCUUAUUAAUUAUGUCAUAUUAUGUGAUUAAUGAAAUGAUUCUUUUUAAAUAAUAGAUAAAAAUGGUACUUUUCUUUUAACAGAAAAGAAGUGGGUUCCGAAAAGUACAAGUAGUCCCGGGCCCUUAUGGGUUUUUGAUAUAAUUUUCACCCUAACCUGCCGCUUCAUCAUCAUCAUCAUCUCCUUGUUAGAGAAGUUACUUUCCUUUUUAACGCUAUUUCUCCGUAUUGCUUCCUCCACAAGACCUCACAUCGUAGCUGCUAGAACUCAUCUCCGUGAGACCAUGUCUAGAAACAGUUCUGGCGUUAUCCCUCUGGAUCUAAUGGUAGAGAUAUUCGAGAAACUUCCUACCAAAUCCCUAGCGAGAUUUCGAUGUGUCUCGUAUCUAGGCCUGGACAUUCGGGGUCCCAAUCGGGUUUCGGUUUUAUCCAAUCGGGUUUCGGUUUUUCGGGUUUAUCAAAAUCAGCCCCAUUCGGAUUAUAUGAAAGUUCGGUUCGGGACCGGUUCGGGUUCUAUCGGGUUCGGGUCGGGGUUAGUAAAUCUUCAAAGAACCGACACAACCCAAUAUACUUUCGGGUUUGGGUCCCAAUCGGUUUUUCGGCCACAAAACAAGAUCCAUUCGGUAUUUACGUCGGGUUCGGAUCGGUUCGGAUUCAUUUUUAUCGGAUCAGAUUCGGUUCGGGUUAUCGGGUUCGGUUUAUUUGCCCAGCCCUACUCGUAUCAGUGGGAAAGUAUUAUCAAUAACUUCAUAGUCAUUGACUCGAUCGUGACACGGCGAUUAAUAAUUCAACAACCCCGUGAUCCCCACUUCUUCUUCGAGAAGUGUCGUUAUCAACCACCGCAUGAUCUACCUUUUACCAUCUUAACGUAUCAUCAUCAAGCCACAGACGAAGAACAACACUAUCACGAGGAGAUCAUUGGCGAAGGCUAUCUGAUAGGCUUUCAAUACGUACGUGGCUUGAUAGGGUUUUGGUGUUCACAUAACGUUGAGUACUUCAGAAUACACAACCCUACAACAAGGCAAUCUAUUUUCUUACCCAAUACUACACGUUUACCAGGAGCCUUGUUCUACUUAUUCGGGUACGACCCUUUCAAGAAUCAAUACAAAGUAUUGUGUCUAACACAUAACCUAUAUGAACUGUCUCUGUCUUGUACUCUUUUCAUAUUGGGAGAUGUCUCAAAAAAGUGGCGGGGCAUCCAAUGCAGCAUUGGAUUUCACUUCCUUUUCGGGCAAGAAGUUUGCAUCAGCGGGUCAAUCUAUUACAAAGCAAGGGAUGCAAACGGGACUCCUGUUUUGGCGAGUUUCGAUGUUAGGCAUGAGAAAUUUAAUCAUGUUCGGACUCCAGAAAAUCUGUUGGCGUAUUAUAACCAUGAAGAUUCGACUCUUGUAAACUACCAUGGGAAGUUAGGAUGCAUAUGUCCAAGCAGCUUCAACUGGAACGAAAUGGAUAUGUGGGUUAUGCAGGACGCUGAGAAACAAGAGUGGUCGAAGAUUGAUACAUUCUUAGACAUGCUUCACGGUUUACCAAAUUUGAAUAUGGUGAGAUUUGCAGGUGUCACUAAUCCCGGAGGCGAAAUCGUUAUAGUCCAUAAAGAGUAUCUCAGUGAGUUGGCACUAAAGGUUUAUUAUUAUGAUACGAAACAAAAUGGUCUUAGAAGAGCUGAAAUCCAAACUACAAGGCCUAGUGAUCAAGUUACAAUCCGGGCUGUCACAGAUCAUGUUGAGAACAUCAUGCAUUUGUAAUUCUCUGCAUUAUAGUUAAGAGUUUUGGAAUACUAGAUAAUAUGCUACUUCUUUUUUUAUCACAAUUUAUAUGUGCCACGUCUCAUCCUGUUUGAGGAUAAUAAACUGUGUUCUAAAACAAGUUAGGCGGCAAAUGAACUUCUAGUACCUAUCCGUAUAUGCAGACGUCUAAAUGAGAUAUAUAUAGAUAUAUAUAUUUCAUUAAUAUAUACAUUAAUUUUAGAAAAGUGAACAUAAAAUAUACUUCAAAUAGAGAAAUUUUCUAGGAUAGAUUAAAGUUUUUGUCACAAAAAUAACUCUUAAUGAAAAAAAAUACCAAAUUUAUUUUUAUUAAAGAGUAAAAAUAUAUUUAUACGCUAGAGUUAACUAAUAUAAACUUAGAGUUUAGAGUUAAGGGAUGGGUUUUGAGGAUGAGGUUUCAAAUUUUAAAAAUAAAAAUUUAAACUAAAAUUUUCAAAAUAAAAAAGAGUUAUUUUUUUUUUGUAAACUAAAAAAGAGAGUUAUUUUGAUUAUUUUCUUUAUUAAAAUCUAUUUUUGUGACAAAAACUUAAAAAAAAAACUAUUUAAGAAAAUUACCCCUUCAAAUAUAAUAAUCAUCAAGAACGUAAACAACAGCUGGAAGCCUGGAAGGGCAGUUAUUUGUUCAUUUUGUUAAUGGCUUCAGUGAACAGACUGCAUUUCGUUUUAUUAUUUAGGUAAUAUUCAUGUUUCCUUGUAUCUAGUUUCAUGACUCUUGUAAUCUGAUCCUGAGAUGGAUAAAACAAAUGCUUGAUGUUCGAUUAUGCUUCAAGACUUGUUUUUCUUUCUUUCUUGGCGUACAUGCUGUUGGGACCAUGGUAGUUAAUAGUUAUUGAGGUAGGAACGAACGAUAUAUCAUGGCAAAAUGUUUCGAAAGAACGGCCGUUAAAAUCAGUUAGAAGGCGCCGAGCGCUCGGCGGAAGCUUACCAUGAUGUACCGUAAUCGCGCAACCAAUCGGUUUCACUAAAUAAUUCAUUUUUUCCAUAGUUUUGAGCGCUUAAAAUGUAUUAAAGCCUAGGUUAAACUUAUUAAUUUGAUGCAAACCAAGAAAACUCACAAAUUUGAUGUGGUUUUCAAUAUUUUUUAAACCAGACCGAAAACUGAACCGAUAAUUAUUUAGAUCACAGUUCAAUAUGAUUCAAUCGGAUCAAAUCUGGUUCAAUAUAUUUCUAAUACAGAAAUUCAAAGUUAAAGUAUUUGGAUUAGGACAUGUCCGAACGGACGAGUUUUAAUUCAUAGAACUCAAAUUGCCAUAAAAAUAAAUUAUUUAAUAUCAUGUACCUUUAAAAUGAAAUAGCUUAAAUUUGUCUUUUGAUCUAUUUUGAUCAUAAUCUUGUGUAAAAUAUUUAAUGUAUUGUAAUUUUUGAAAAAGUUUCUAUAAUUUGGUGAUUUGUUUUAAUAUGCUAUGAAAAGACACAUUUUAUAUAAUUUAAACAUUCACUAAUUUUAUGAUAUCUUUUCAUAUAUAUUUGUCUAAUUUUAGAUAUUUUAACUUUAUUUCAUUUUUUUGUAAAUUUAAGCUAUUUGUGUGUGCUAUUUUUUUUUAAUAUAUACUCGAUAAAAUUGAAACAGAUUUUUGAUGAAUUUAUGGGUAACAGGCCUGACGGCGGAGCCGAAAAUAAAAACAGAAAACCUAAACAAAAGUUACAUUUUAAAAAUAAAAAUUUGAGUUCCCAGAAGUACAGGGUCGUCCCUGGGCCUUCUGCAUAGUUAUGGGCUUUUGAUAUAGUUUUGCUAUCCCCUUGUUAGAAAAGUUAGGUUUCCUUAUAACGCUACCACAAUAACCUCACAAUAUCCUUCACAUCGAAGCUGCUAGAUCUUCAUCUCCGUGAGACCGACCAUGGCUGGAAACAGUUCUGGCGUCAUCACUAUCCCUCUCGAUCUAGUGGUGGAUAUACUCGAGAAACUCCCUACCAAAUCUCUAGCGAGAUUUCGAUGUGUUUCGUAUCAAUGGGAAAGUAUUAUCAAUAACUACAUAGUCAUUGAUUCCAUCCUGACUCGGCGAUCAAAUCAACCACCACGUGAUCCCCACUUCUUCAUCGAGAAGCUUUUGAAUCAACCGCAGCGUGGUCUCCCCUUCCGUUCGUCCCCUAGACCGUCUUCCAUCUUAUCGUAUACCUACCUUUAUCACCAAGUCACAGACGAAGAGCAACUCUAUCACGAGGAGAUCAUCGGAAAAUACGAAGGCUAUCUCGAAGACUUUCAAUACGUACGUGGCUUGAUAGGGUUUUCGUGUUAUUCAGAUAAUGGUCAGUUCAGAAUAUACAACCCUACCACGAGGCAGUCUCUUUCCUUGCCCGUUACGCGUCUACCAGGAUCCUUGUUCUACUUAUUCGGGUACGACACUUUCAAGAAUCAGUACAAAGUCUUGUGUCUAACACCGCGUCGACAGGAACAGUCUUGUAAGCUUUUCAUAUUGGGAGAUGUCUCAAACGAGUGGUGGGACAUCCAAUGCGGCGUUGGAGGCCACUUCCCUUUGGAACAAGCUGUUUGCAUCAACGGGACAAUCUAUUACAAAGCAAGGAAAAUAGACUGGACUCAUGUUUUGGUGAGUUUCGACGUUAGGCAUGAGGUAUUUAAUCAUGUUCAGACUCCGGAAAAUCUGUGGUUGUCUGGUGACCAUGGAGAUUCGACUCUUGUAAACUACCAGGGGAAGUUAGGGUGCGUAUGUCCAAAAAACUUCAGCCUGAACACGGUGGAUGUUGAUAUGUGGGUUAUGCAGGACGCUGAGAAGCAAGAGUGGUCGAAGGUUACAUUCUUAGACAUGCUUCAUGGUUUACCGAGUUUGAAUAUCAGAUUUGCGGGUGUCACUAAUCCUGGAGGCGAAAUCGUUCUAGUCCACAAAGAUUAUCUCAGUGAGUUGGCAAUAAAUGUUUAUUAUUAUGAUCCGAAAACAAGUGGUCUUAGAAGAGCUGAAAUCCAGACUACAACAUCGUUAUAUAGAGUAAGGCCUAGUGAAAAUGUUACAAUCAGGGCUGUGACGGAUCAUGUUGAGAACAUCAUGCGGCUGUAAUUCUCUGCUUUAGUUAUUAGUUUUGGAAUACUAAAUAAAAUGCCACUUAUUUAUUUUUGUGGUUAUUUAGUCAUGACUGAAACACAAGUUAUAUGUGUCACGUCUCAUUUUGUUUGAUUCUGGAGGAUAAUGAGUCAUUCAAGAUGUUGAUAUCAUCUGGAAGGGCCGUUGUUCGUCUUGCUUUCUCUCUUUUUUUUUUUUAGUUUGUUAAUUGCUUUAGUGAUCAGACAGCAUUUCGCCUUUCUUUUGGUACUAUUGAUGUUUAUUUGUUUCUAAUUUCA